UACAGGCGACACGGGUUCGAGCACUCCCCUCCCCCCCGACACACCCUUAGGCUGCCAUGGCGGGCGCGGACAGGGAGUCCGGGGUUGCCGGCGCUAGUGCCUCGACUCUGCCCGGCCGGAACCACAGCGCCGUGCGCGUGGCUCCGCUGGACGCCGAGCAGCUGCGGCGGGUCCUGGAGCAGGUGACAAGGUCGCGGCCACGGCCCCCCGUGCUGCGGGACGCGACCCAGCAGGCCACCCCGCCGCGGGGGCCGGGCGCCGAGGCCCGACGCCUGCUGCUGCCCCAGCAACUUGAAGCCAUUUGUCUCAAGGUGGCAUCUGGUAGCACAAAAAGUAAGGAAAGGCCAAUGCCCCCCCUGGCCACCAUCCAAUGCAAAACAGCAGGACAAAGUCAGCCCUCUGGGAGAAGUGUCUCCAGCCCUCAGCUGCUCAGGGGGCAGGCUCUGGGGAGGACUGGAUCACAGCUGUGCCUCCUCAGAGGCUCCCCUCAGCCUUCCGCUCGGGUGUUUGUACAGAAGCCACUGCCAACCCUUCAGCCAGUCCCUUCAAAGAGAGUCAAGGCCCAGCAGACUGCAAAUGGAUGUGGUUUCCCUCCGAGCCCUUUGGCAGCCUCUAGUCCAUGCUCAGGAGCGUCCGUCUCAUCCAGUUCAGCCCGCCUGCUUAUUUCCAGCUUGCAUACAGCACACACCAAGAAACUGAGGAAAUCUUUAAAAGUGAAAACACGAUCUGGACGGAUAUCCCGGCCUCCCAAGUAUAAAGCCAGAGAUUAUAAAUUCAUCAAAACUGAAGAUUUAGCGGAUGGGCAUCUGUCGGAUUCUGAUGACUAUUCAGAGCUGAGUGUGGAGGAGGAGGAGGAGGAGGAGGAGCAGCGGGAGAAGCCGGUGUUCUUUGACAUCGAGGGUUGUGCCCUGAGGCCCAGGGCCUUUAAGUGUCAGACCUGUGAAAAGUCAUACAUAGGAAAGGGGGGACUGGCGAGACAUUUAAAACUCAACCCAGGCCAUGGCCAGCUGGAGCCAGAGAUGCUGUCCAAGAAGGCUAGUGGGAGUCUGACCCUGCGGUGCGCGGACUCAAAGGCCAGGGGCCUGGCUUCCCCCAAACUGUGCACACCAGCUGCUCUCUGCAUGGAAGAGACAGAGUCAGCAUGGCAUACCCGACAGAAUGGUCAGCCUGUGGAAGCUGAAGAGACACUGGUACCUGAACAAGAAAAUAGUCCCUCAGCUCUUCUGAGACCAGAGAACAACCUAGAACCUAAAAAUGGGAAUUGGGAAAGCCAGGCAGAACCCAGCACAGCCAAGCUCCAGGAGAGCAGAGCAGUCCAGCUGAGCAGUCGCCCUGCUGUCCCAUCAGGGAGAGCCCAGCUCCGGGAGGCUCUCAAGCAGUGUGGCCAGGAGGAGCUCAUGGAAUUGGUGCUACCUCAGCUGGCUCAGGUGGUGACCCUGUGUGAACUUCUUCUGGUGAAGGUUGAGAAAAGCCCCGGAGCAAAGCCUUUCUUCCCUGCUGUGUACAAGGAGUUUGAAGAGUUGUAUGGUGUGGUGAAGAGGAUGUGUCAGCAUCACCUCCGCAGCUCUGGCCCGUGCUCUCAGGAACCCCUGGAGAUAAAGAGCGAUGAGGUUGCCAGGUCAUUAGGAAUCACAGAAUUCCUGAGGAAGAAAGAGACACACCUGAGCAGUGCAGCUAAGUGCUCCAGCCAGGAGACAGAGGGGACGCUGGGGGAAGCCAGUGGGCAGAAGAGAGAGCAUGAGCUAGGUGCGCUGGCCACAGUGAAAAAGCCCCGAACAGCAGCUCUGCCCACAGAUGUCCUCCAGUGUCCUCCCGCCACCAGUCGGUGCCACAUGAGGCCUAGGCCCUCAUGUGCUCCAGCCACCAGCAAGGGCUCUGCCCCUGCAGCCAUUGAGAACUUCUCUGACUGCCCCGAGGGAAUCUGUGUGGAGAUGGUGCCUGCUAGUGACAGAAGUGUACCACUCUCAGGCCUGCAGCUUGCAGUGAUGACAUCACAUGACUUUGAAGCCAGGAGUGGCUCUGCAGACUCUGCUUUUCUGUGUCAAGAUGUCAGUAGGUCAGCUCUUUAUUCCCAGGUAGCAGGGCCCAGAGGCCUGCCCCCAGCCCAAGAGUUGGUGUUUUCUGAAGAGAAUGAUCAUGAUUCUGGGACCAUCCGGAGGAGCAACAGUGGCUGUGGCACUCCAUCAUCAGGUGGAAUAGGGUCCCUGUUGCUUGGAGAGUCUGGAAAUGCAGAGGCAGGAGACUGCAGAGAGACAAGCCAAUUCUACCUCAGCGGCCAGCAGGCCAGCCCCAGCCAUGUCCUGCUUGCAGAAACUGCUUCCUUUCCACUCCAGAACAUCUUGCCCGUGAAUAUCCUGCCAGCUGCUUGUGCGUCCAAGAUUGUGCCUGAGCCAGAACCUCAUCCUGGACCAGAUGGAUCACUGUCCACUAAUGGGGGUCCCAGUGUUGGAAGCGAAGCUGGGGGCAUAAGCCAGCUCCUCUCUAGGAUGGAGACUCAUAGCCAGAGAGAGCCAGAGACUGUGGCUGCUGUGGGGGAAACGCUGGCUCUUGAGAUUUCUAAUGUGUGCCAAGAAGUAUUGUCUCAGGGACAGGAGCAGAUUUUUAUUCAGACUCCCAGUGGGCUUAUCCAUCAAAGUGCCAUGAUGUCUCAGGAAGAGGACAGUGUCAUAGUGAUGAGUGCAGGGGGUUCUGUCCUGAGGUUUGGUCCGUCAGAAGGGAUUGUUCUUGAAGCCAUGGGGGCCUUCCUCACUGUGGAGGCAGAGUCCUCCUAGUGACAGGAGUCAGGUGUGUGUGUGUGUGUGUGUGUGUGUGUGUGUGUGUGUUGGUGUUUUUGAGGCAGGGUCUCAUGUAGCCCA